UGUGAGUGUGAAUGGCAAAAGCCAAAGCCCUGGAGAUCCCUCAGUACAGCAGAGAGGAGAGUGCAGCUCUGGAGGACGGAGGCUCUGCGGGGGGGUCACAAGGCUCUGCAGUCACUUCUAGGGGCAGGAUCCAGAGCAGAACCCUUGUACAGAGCAGAGGAUACAAGAGAACCACAUACAGAGCAGAGAUACAAGAAGAGAACCACAUACAGAGCAGAGGAUACAAGAAGAGAACCACAUACAGAGCAGAGGAUACAUUAUAUGAAGAAGAGAACCACAUACAGGAGCAGUGGAUACAUUAUAUGAAGAAGAGAACCACAUACAGAGCAGAGGAUACAUUAUAUGAAGAAGAGAACCACAUACAGGAGCAGUGGAUACAUUAUAUGAAGAAGAGAACCACAUACAGAGCAGAGGAUACAUUAUAUGAAGAAGAGAACAACAUACAAAGCAGUGGAUACAUUGUAUGAAGAAGAGAACCACAUACAGAGCAGAGGAUACAUUGGAUCAAGAAGAGAACAACAUACAGAGCAGAGGAUACAAGAAAAGAACCACAUACAGAGCAGUGGAUACAUUAUAUGAAGAAGAGAACCACAUACAGGAGCAGUGGAUACAUUGUAUGAAGAAAAGGGCCAUGUACAGAGCAGUGGAUACAUUAUAUGAAGAAGACAACCACAUACAGAGCAGUGGAUACAUUAUAUGAAGAACAGAACUCAAGAGUGGUGGAUACAUUAUAUGAAGAAAAGGGCCACAUAGUGAGCAGUGGCUACAUCGUAUGAAGAACAGAACUCCAAACAGAGUGGUGGAUACAUUAUAUGAAGAAAACCCCCAUACAAAGAAGUAGAUACAGUGUAUCAAGAAGAGAACCCUCCCCAUCUUUGCAUACAGAAUAGAACCCAGAACAGAGCAGUGGAUACAUUAUAUGAAGAAUACUCCAUACAAAGUAGUGGAUGCAUUUGUAUCAAGAAGGGAACCCUCGUAUAGAGUUGUGGAUACAUUCUAUGAAGAAGAGAACUACAAACAGAACAGAGGAUACAUUAUAUGAAGAACAGAACCCUAUAUAGGAGCAGUGGAUACAUUAUAUGAAGAACAGAACCCUAUACAGGAGCAGUGGAUACAUUAUAUGAAGAACAGAACCCUAUACAGGAGCAGUGGAUACAUUAUAAGAAGAACAGAACCCUAUACAGGAGCAGUGGAUACAUUAUAAGAAGAACAGAACCCUAUACAGGAGCAGUGGAUACAUUAUAAGAAGAACAGAACCCUAUACAGGAGCAGUGGAUACAUUUUAUAAAGAACAGAACCCUAUACAGGUAGCAGUGGAUACAUUAUAAGAAGAACAGAACCCUGUACAGAGCAGUGGAUACAUUUUAUAAAGAACAGAACCCUAUACAAGAGCAGUGGAUACAUUUUAUAAAGAACAGAACCCUAUACAGGAGCAGUGGAUACAUUUAUAUGAAGAAAAGAACUACAUACAGAGCAGUGGAUACAUUGUAUACAGAACCCCAUACAGAGCAGAGCAAACCUUGUAUAAACAGAGGGUCCACAGAGAUUGUGCAUUGUGUCCUGAUGACAACUCUUUGAAGAGCAGGGGAUUCAUUGAAUUACCAGAAGAUCCCUACUCCCUCCAGAUCUGUAGAUACAUAUGAGAAGAGGAUCCCAGCAGCCAGAUCUCUCCUCCUCCUCCACCUCCCAGACCAAGGGAAACAUUGUAACAGCACAGAGGAUCUUACAAGAAGCUUUAAAGCCCAGCGGAUACAAAGUCUCAUCCCAGGUACAGAGGCUGUGGAUACAGAAGAUCAUAGGGUGUCACAGUGAGCUGUAAGAUAACAGGGGUCUGCAGCCAGAAGAGGGGUCACAGCCUCAGUUAACCCCCAUCAAGCUGGGUGGGUCCUGCUGCUCCAGGCUGAACUCUCCCCCUUAGUGAUGCUGAACUGACAAGCUGCCCCUAUGAUUUUCCUAAUGUUGCUGGAGCCUCAUCAUGACAAAACCAGCACCCCAGAAAAGAUGUUCGAUGGCUCCAGGAAGAUGAGAAGUCUCUGGGAUGGGGUGAAGCUGGAGGUGGCCGGGGACAGAAGUCCUGUAGUCCUCAGCAGUUUCACCCAGCUGGACCCUGAUCUGCCCCCCUUGGAGAGCUCCGCGCAGGAGAUCGGAGAAGAGGUGGAUGAUGGCGUUAUCUACAGCAUUUCCUUGCGGAAAGUGCAGCUCCACCACACCGCCACCAAGGGGCAGCGAUGGCUGGGGGUCAGCAGGGUCCCGUCCCCCAUGGGCACUGCUGAAGGCGGGCUUGCUGGACCCCGAGAUACUUCGUUUGAGAACGAGACUGCCCUGAGCCUGUAUGAGACAUGCAAGGUGCGCACCAUCAAGGCUGGAACACUAGAGAAGCUGGUGGAAUACCUGGUCUCCGCGUUCAAAGGCAACGACUCCACCUACGUCACCAUCUUCCUGUGCACCUACCGGGCAUUCGCUACCACUAAACAGGUCCUGGACCUGCUGCUGAACAAGUUUGGGCGUCUCCACCCUCAUCUCAACGGCGAACACUCCCAUAACACUAUAGAUGAUCGGCUCGAGCUGAAGAACACUAUCUCCUCUAUCCUGGGAGCCUGGCUGGAUCAGUACUCGGAGGAUUUUCGACAAGCGCCGGAUUACGUGUGUCUGAAGCAGCUCAUCGCGUACGUACGGCACAACAUCCCUGGGUCCGACCUGGAGCGCAGAGCUCGCAAUCUACUGUCGCAGUUCCAGCGGCAGCAGAUCAGCGAGUUGGAUCAGGAUGUCGUAGACCACACAAGCUGCACCUUCCGCCUUGUAGAGGAGAGCGCGCUCUUGGAGGGGAAGCCGGAUUUCCUGUCAUUCCAGCAGGACGUGGUGGCAGAACAGUUUACGGUCAUGGACGCUGACCUCUUUAAGAAAGUGGUGCCGUAUCACUGCCUCGGUUGCAUCUGGUCCCAGAGGGAUAAGAAAGGCAAAGAACACCUGGCGCCCACGAUCCGCGCCACCGUCUCUCAGUUCAAUAGCGUCACCAAUUGCGUCAUAUCUACGUGCCUGAGCGACCGCUCGCUGAAGCCCCAGCAGAGGGCUAAGGUGGUGGAGCGCUGGAUAGACGUGGCCAGGGAAUGUCGCAUUCUGAAGAAUUUCUCAUCUCUCCGCGCUAUUCUGUCGGCUCUCCAGUGUAACGCCAUUCACAGGCUAAAGAAAACCUGGGAUGAGGUGUCCAGGGAGAGCCUCAGAACGUUUACAGAACUCUCAGAAAUAUUCUCUGACGAGAACAACCACUCCUUAAGCCGAGAGCUCCUGAUUAAGGAGGGCACUUCCAAGUUUGCCACCCUGGAUAUUAAUCCGAAGAGGGCGCAGAAGAGACACCAACAGCAAAGAGAAAUGGGCGUCAUGCAAGGAACCAUUCCUUACCUCGGCACUUUCCUCACCGACCUGGUGAUGCUGGACACAGCUAUGAAGGACUAUUUAGAGGGAGGCCUAAUAAACUUUGAAAAGAGACGGAAGGAGUUUGAGGUGAUCGCCCAGAUAAAGCUUCUGCAGUCGGCAUGCAACAACUACAGUUUUAUCCCGGAUGACGCAUUUGUAGAGUGGUUUCACAGCGUGGAGCGUCUGACAGAAGCGGAGAGCUACAGCCUGUCCUGUGAGAUCGAACCUUUAUCCGAAUCAGCAAGCAACACGUUAAAGGCCAAGAAAAACACUGGGAUCAUCAAACGCUGGAGCGACCGCCAGCCUCCCAGCUCAGAGCCCUGCGCCAGCGUCAGCUCCCACUCCAAGUCCUUCGAUCAGCUGAAAAGCAGCCCCCACCUCUGCGGAAGCGACGCCACAGACUCCGUCAGCGUGACCUCAGCCGGCUCCAGCAGCUCUGACGUGGAGGAGAUAAAUAUCAGCUUCGUGCCGGAGUCCCCGGACUGUCAGGAGAAGAAGGUACGAGAGGAACCGCCCAAAGAUCCGCCGGCACAGGCCACAGUACGCUGUGCUCCCCUGGGGUUCUGGGAAUCCACGUCGCUCUCGUCUCUGGACACGUCGGGCAUUGGAUCGGGGUCGAGUAGCGCCUCUUCGUCGUCGGUCUCAUCCACGCCAGUGUCCGCCUCUCGGACGCACAAGCGAUCAGUCUCCGGGAUCUCCAGUUACUCGUCUCUGUCUCUUCCUCUUUACAACCAGCAAAUAGACGAUUGCUGCAUCAUCCGGGUCAGCCUGGAUGUGGACAACGGCAACAUGUACAAGAGCAUCCUGGUAACAAGUCAGGACAAAACUCCUGUAGUGAUCCGCAAGGCGAUGGCCAAACACAACCUGGACGGGGAGCGGGCAGAGGACUACGAACUUGUUCAGAUCAUCUCCGAGGAGAGAGAGCUGAAGAUCCCCGAUAACGCGAACGUCUUCUACGCUAUGAACUCAGGAGCCAACUAUGACUUUAUACUGAAAAGACGCGGCUUCUCCAAAGGGGUAAAGAUCAAGCACGGAUCCAGCUCCACGUUACCACGGAUGAAACAGAAAGGACUGAAAAUAGCAAAGGGCAUCUUCUGAUACCCCCCAAAGUCUCACCCACUGGACCCCAAGACAGAGCUUUGGAGGGAUCCGAAGGAUCAGCACUUUCUCCAGGGAGGGGGGGGACGACUAUUACAUCCUAUGGAAUGAGACCCUGGGUGGCGUCGCCCCGAUCUCCGGCCUCAUGUCUGACAGAACUGUGACAAAUGCAAGAGAGAGAGAGAGAGAGAGAGAGAGUGCGGAUCCAUGAGAGGAGACGGGGCAGCGGAUCCAUGAGAGGAGACGGGGCAGCGCCUGCCAAUGCCGUCAGGACCCAGAAUUUGCCUCCAUGCCACCGGUGCCUUUAUGGGAAGGGGUAAGAAGACCAUGUGACCAGCCUGCGCCAUCUCCCAGGGUUCCAGUAUUAACGCAGGAUGAGGACUAAAUGAAGUCGACCCAAUACUUGGGUUAGGACAAGAAUAAUCUGUAUCUCAAUGAUGAGAAUCGGCGCAGAUUCGGAACGGCUAUGGGAGAAAGAACCGGCCCGCCGCCAUCUUUAUCCCCUUAAAGGGACCUUAAUGUAAAUAACACUCCUUGUGGAUAACCACGAUUCUCUGCAUUUUCUACAAAACAAAAAAAAAAAAGCACUUUGUAAAAAAAAGAGAAAAAACAAAAACUUUUCUGUAACCCAUUAAAAAAAAAAAGAAACAACGGAGGCGCCUGCGACGGCCGCCAUGUCCACCACUGCAGGGUUCACUACUAAAGCCAGGCUCGACACCGACGCCGCAUUCUCCUCGCCAUCCACCGGUCCAGCAUCUCAAACUGCACCAAAGAUCCCAACGCCACAAAAAAAAAAAAAAAAAUCAUCAACCCCCUGACGGGGCGGAGUCUGUGCCAUUAGCUCCUCCCUCUGCAGGGAUCGCGCUCUGAACCUGUACAGUCAUCUCCUCCUGUAGAUAGUCAUCCCUCCAUGUUAUUUCUGUUACAUUGAAGGAAAAUUGGGGCCAAAUUAAGAAUUUUCACCGUUUUUUUGAGUUUACCAGCAGCGCCUGUGACGUUGGUCAGAACUGUGGACACUUUUUCGUUUAGUGUAAAAACUGUUUUAUUUUUUAGUGUAAAAUAUUAUUAUUAUUUUUUUUUUAUCCUUUUACCUUUUUCAUGAAUAUUUAUUGGUUGUAAAUAGACGCUGGAGCGGAUUAUUACUUAUUUUUCUUGACACGUUUCUGUUCUUGUACAGAUUAUGCAGAGUUUUCCGACCUGUGACCUUGCAGUACUACAACUCCCAGCAUGCCAGGACAGCUGUUUUUGUCUGCGCAUGAUGGGUUUCGUAGUUUUGCAAAUGGUUGGGAAACGCUGAGGUAAAGGCCUUCAGUUCCUGCAGUGAAGGGGUUACGUUCUUUUGUUGUGAUAUCACAAUCAGGAUAUGGCUGAUGCUGAUUGGGCCAUGUCAGCGGUGAUGUCAUCAGACCUGAUUUUUUUUUCCGUCAUCCCCCCCCCCCCCCAGUGUUUACAUUUCGUUAACCCCCCCAUUGUGUACGUUUUUUCAGUCUGUACAUGACUCUAGGGCAGUGUUCCACAACUAGGUGCCUUUUGGCGGCUGUCUGGGCAUGCUGGGAGUUGUAGUUUUCCCAACACGCAGCUUAGAAAACACUGCCCUGGGACAAUAGGAUUUGCCGUUUACGCAGAGAUGAACGCGGUCAUAGAUCUUCCGGUCGGACCGGACCGGCGCACACAUUCCCCCCCCGGCCUUAGUGCUUUUUAACUCUAUUUGCACAAUCGGGUAAGAUUUCUGCAUUUUUAGGGUUUUAAUUUUUCUUAGUCCAGACCAGUGUUUCCCAACUAGGGUGCCUCCAGCUGUUGCAAAACUACAACUCCUAGCAUGCCCGGACAGCCGUUGGCUGUCCGGGCAUGCUGGGAGUUGUAGUUUUGCAACAGCUGGAGGCACUCUGGUUGGGAAAGACUUAUCUAGACCAAUGUGCCCAAACCUGUGGCUGUCCGGUCAUGCUGGGAGUUGUAGUCUUGCAACAGCUGGUGGCACCCUCGUUAGGAAACACCGCAUUAAACCU